AUGGGAGUGUAUGAGGAGCGCGCCCCUCCUACCACCGGCAUGCACUGGCAGCCGCCCAGCUCGCAGGAGCGUGGCAGCGGCUUGGCUGUGGGGCGCCAGGGGGGACCCGGUAGCACGGGGGGGCCCGGUGCGGUGGACCAGGCGAGGGAUCUAAGUCCCUGCCUUCCCGCGUCGAUGGGCGAUGCUGCGCGACCUACCACUCUACCGUGCAGUCCUCCUGCUGCCCAUCACCACGGGUCCCAUCAUACGCCCCUGCAUCAGACCCACUGUGGCACCAAUAACAACUGUUACGACGGUUCGACCACCCCUUAUGAGUCGAGGGAUUACGACUCACCCGGAGCGGGCGGACAGGAAUACAGGGGCAGCGGUGGAAACUUCGAGAACGCCAAUGACCUAAGCAUGCCGUCGCAGACAGCGCAUCACCAUCAUCAUCAUCACCAUCAUCACCAUCAUCAUCAUCCCCAUCUGCAUCCGCACACGCAUUCCCAGGAACAGCAAACCACGACGGAGCACUUGCACGCCAUCCCGAAGCUGGAACCGCCGCCUACGCCGCCCUCGCAAUCCGAAGAUGUUCCGGGAAACGUAGUUUGCGCGGGAUGCGGUAUCAAAAUAUCAGAUAGGUUCUACCUUCAGGCCAUCGAUAAGAGGUGGCAUGCCGCGUGCCUCCAGUGCUCGCAUUGUCGCCAGGGUCUCGACGGGGAGGGCACUUGCUUCAUCAGAGACGGCAAUAUCUACUGCAAGAAGGACUACUAUCGGAUGUUCGGCAGCAUGAAGCGGUGCGCGCGCUGCCAAGCGGCGAUCCUCGCGUCCGAGCUGGUGAUGCGCGCGCGCGAGCUCGUUUUCCACGUGCGCUGCUUUUCGUGUGCGGCGUGCGCCGUGCUCUUGACGAAGGGUGACCACUUUGGCAUGAGGGACGGCGCCGUGCUCUGUCGGUUGCACUACGAGAUGGGCGCCGAACUGCAUCCGGCCCAGAGUCCGCCGGUCCCGGUCUACCCACCCGGGCCGCAUUACCCCGGUCAACCUUUCCCCUCGCCCGAGUUCCUCCAUCACCAUCAUCAUCAUCACGCGCCACCGCACCCUCAUCAUUCGAUGCACCCCCAGCACCCGCAUAGUCACGUCAGUCCGGUGCCACUACAACCUUCCACGCCCUCCGUACCCGACGCUUCUUCGCCCCCGAAGGUACCCUACUUCAAUGGCGCCGCCGCCGUGGUCCCACCGCCUAGGCAGAAGGGUAGACCUAGGAAGAGGAAGCCUAAGGAUCUUGAGGCUAUGACCGCGAGUCUUGAUCUAAACGCGGAUUACAUAGACAUGCCCUUCGGCAGAGGAGGCCCCGGGACCCCCGGCAUGCCCGGCUCCAACAGCAGGACGAAGCGAAUGAGAACGAGCUUUAAGCAUCACCAGUUAAGGACGAUGAAGAGUUACUUCGCAGUCAAUCACAAUCCCGAUGCGAAGGAUCUCAAGCAGCUUUCCCAGAAAACUGGCUUGCCGAAAAGGGUGUUGCAGGUCUGGUUCCAGAACGCGCGAGCAAAAUGGCGGCGUAUGGUACUGAAGCAGGAGGGCAAGUCCGACAAGUGCGAUGGCGGAGUGGACGGCGGUAGUCUCGGCGACCUUGAGCUCUACGGGAACAGCACCGGAAGUGGCGGGCCACCAAUGAGUCCUCCCUUCAUGCUCGGCGGUCCCCACAGUCCUGCGUCCUUGGCGUCCCUGGAUUGCGCGUGA